GAAGUCAUGUUCCCAUCAUAAGCCUCAUUAUUAACGCAAUAAUGAACCAUUGUUGUCAAAUACUUCUAGCGGAAACAGUUCUCUAUGAUGUCAUCUCGCGGGAAAUACGAUUUCGCGCCAAACUCGCGCUUGCUUUGUUACCCAGACAGCAUCUGUGUCAAACUUUGAUGUCACGGGAACCUGGAUUGGGCACGAGAAAAUCCUUGUGCAACUGAUCGAAAAUAUCAUUCAUCGAUCUUCCAGGCACAGUGGAAAGAACUCAUCUGUGAUUAAACUACCUUAUUUCAUGGAUAUUUCUUCAACUUUCUUCGAUAAAGUCAUCUGAAAAGACAAAUUUUGCAGAUCAGUGAUAACGGAAGUGGUCAACAUCUGACGCCGACAGCCGAAUACGCUGGCAGUGGCAAGUGUUGCAGACCGUGCACAUUUAUCAUCUCUUUUUCUCGCCGAUAUGCCUAGGAAACAAACAUUAGUUGCAAGGCGUGAUCUUCCCAUAUUUGUCAAACAGGAACCGUCGGACAUAGUUUCAAGUUCUAAGCAGUUGUUGAAUUUACCGAGUAUUUAUCCUCGCCAGCCGUCACAGACAAGCACCACAACAAAGACAGCCGACUUUUCCGGCUAUGUCAAUACCGAUAUCAAAUCAGAAGUUGGAGAAAUAACACCACAUAAUCAGUCAUUUUCAGGAUUUCAGUUGGUUGAAGACUUGGAAAAACCGCAGGUGAAGAGGAGACUGGAGCUGGACAAUGAGAUCACUGUGGAGGGCUUUAAGACACCCAAGCCUUGCAAGAGGAGAAAAAGUCUGGCAGAUUCUCCCAGAGCUAGAGGAAUGCGAUCUCCACUUGAGAAGACCCGGUAUGACACGUCAUUGGGCUUGCUGACAAAGAAAUUUGUUGGCCUCCUGCGGAGUGCUCCAGAUGGGGUUGUAGAUCUGAACAAAGCCUCUGAAGUUCUGGAGGUGCAGAAAAGAAGAAUUUACGACAUCACAAAUGUCUUAGAGGGAAUCAAUCUGAUCCAGAAGAAGUCGAAAAAUAAUAUACAAUGGAGGGGUGCUGCCAACUCAUUCACGUCGUCGGGCGAGCCCUCUGUCCCUCAGGUCACACAGAUCAGCACGGCCAGUGUGGAUUUGCACUCAGAUAUGGCCGAUUUGAGAUCAAAAGAAGGUGUUCUGGACAAGUUAAUAGCCAACUGCACGCGGCAACUGCGAACGUUAACGGAGGACUCAGAGAAUGCAAGAUUAGCGUAUGUCACGUAUCAAGACAUUCGAGGGUUGAGUUCUCUGAGGGAGCAGACAGUGAUCGCCAUCAAAGCCCCACCAGAGACGAGGCUGGAGGUACCAGACCCAGACAAAAAUAUUCAGAUCUGGCUGAAGAGUUCUCGGGGGCCAAUCGACGUGUUCCUGUGUCCAGAUGACCUUCCAGGGGAAGAGUCAAGUUCAGGGACAUCAUCGUCAGAGUCCACGGCUUCGGCCAAUGAUCAAGAUGAGGUCGACGGGUUGCUCAGCGAUCUUGGCAUGGACACACGGCCAGAAAUACGGCCAGGUCCAUCGAGUUCAGCAGAUGACCGCCUCUCAGACAAAUUAACCAGUUUUGAAUCAAUCAAGCAAGAGCUCUUUUCCGACGACUCCCUUUCAGCAGAUAAUGAGUUGCUGAAGAAGGCUUUGUUAGCGGAAGAAAUCUCGCCGUCUUGUGGCAGCUCCAUCCUGCACAACACAACAGACCAGGACAUGCCCUUCACACAAAUCCAGCCAACGUUUACCUUUGAUCAGGGAGACGACUACUUAUUCGUCAAUGAGGAAAGCUUCAGUGACCUUCUCAGUGCCUAUGACUUGGGCUUAUAGUGGCAAGUGUGUGUUCUUUGCCUCAGGCUUAGCCCACAGAACUGUGUAGCACAGAAACUUUUCUACUGCUGCCCUCAACAGACUUUGUUCAGAGCUCUCAACCGGUGUGCACGACGUCUCUGACAGCGGAACACGUGGGUGGGGGUGCCCAUUUCACUCUCGCCCUUUUCUCAAAUUCUGGAGGUACGGAAUUGUCCAGGUUUUCUAUCUCUCAUAAAAAGUUUCUGCACCCCAUCUUUGUAUGUGAGAUGCACUGUUCUUCCUCCUUACAAUCCAGAAAGUUGAAAGUUCUACAAACCUACACCACCCGUCCCCCCUACACGAGAGGUACUUCUGCAGAAGUAGUUCUUGUGCUGGUCAAGGCCAUGGCUUGGGUUUCUCCUUUCUCCACCGUGGAGAUGGACACUCGUGGAAAAAUACGUCAAUGUGUUGGAAACUUACUUACUCACAGAGGGAAUGACCAACAUCUCCAGCUCAAAACUCCCGUGGAAAAACUUGUUGCAGACGACAAGCAAGUGAUGGAAAUGUCCUAGCUACUCUCGACAUUAUUAAAGAGGUCGAGUAGUAGAUUUCUUUCCCCCCACAACCACCAGGACUCAGGGUUUGGAUGAUGGGUAUUCAUCUUGUGUGUAUCUGAUUUGUAGCGUAACAUUUUACCACCCAGCCAAAAACGCAGUUGUUUCUCUCUCUUCAUUUAACAACAAUACCACAAGGAAAAGUAAGUUAAUUUUUUUAAACUCCCCGCCUUCAUUCUAUUACUAUCAGUGAUAAAACAGGUACAAGAUCAUUGUAAACAGCAUGCACUUAUAUAUGCUGACAUAUGUAUAUGAAAAGUAUUUUUUCCCUGAUAUUUUUGUCUCAAUAAUUCUGUCUUGUGACCAGAUCAAGGGACUUGUGUCUCUAUUGUAAGACGAGUCGCUUAUCAGGAGUAUUUGAUGGCAUCCGGUGGCUUAUGUCACUACAAAAUUCAGUUUCUGCAACAAAUCUUCUUUGAACAUGGGGGGCAUCUUUUCACGCCAUGCAGACAAUAGAUGGACCUUUUGUUAUUAUAUUCUAAAAAUGUCUUUUUCUCCUUAUAUGCCGUGAAACAUGCAUUGAAUACUGGGGCCUUACUGCAAGACAAAUGUUAUGAUGUGUUUUAUGGGACAACAACAAAGGUUAAUUGACAGACCACAAAGUUCAAUUAACAGUUAUUUUUAUUUUUUAUUUUACAUCAGUAUCUCUACAGGAGACACUACUAUUUCCUAGUUUUUGUGAAGGUUUGGUUAAUCACAAAAGAACAUUUGAACAUUCCAUGUUGGCUUAAGACACUGUUGGUGUAAGACAUUGUUGUGGUUUAUUGGAGAAUUUAAAAUGUUUAGAGCAGGAGAUGGGAACAGGAAAAAAUAUAUUUUAAGAUAAAUUUUUAAAAAUUUACAGCUCCUUGGAAUCAAUGUCUACCUUGGCAGGGUAGAGUCGAAGCCUGCCUCCUGAAUUUUCUCUAGAUUUUGUCAAUGUAGACAUUAGACAUCUUACUAAAAUAUAGGAAUAAAAAAUAGAACUUUGAAGAAAUGGCAGUGCUUUAUAUGUCCAAAUUGGGGGGUGAGGGGGGUAGAGUUUUUUUUAAGGAUUGGACAAGACAUGCAGAUUGAGCUUGCCACUUUUUGUUUGCUUUCAUUAAGGUGUAAUGGACUGGGACGCACUCUUUAAGAAGGGGAGGAACUUACCUUUAAAAGUACUGUAGUGUAUUUUAUUACCUCAGAUUUGUAAAUGAAUAAGACUUACAAAGGUCUCUUUGCCCCUGUUGAUACCCUCAUCUUGCCCUAAUACACCUUCGUUAAGCUUUCUUACUUAUCAGGACACAGUCACCCACUUUGCCAUGAUACCAGAGAUAGAUUCUUACUGCUGUUUGGUGGAAAUUUGUUAUCCACAUCUAGCCAAUUACAAACUACCCACUGAACUUGAAUUCAUUUUUUUUUUCCUAAAAAAAUCUUCUAAAAAAAAAGAAAA